GACGCCCCGCCCCCUUGCGGCCGCCGAGCCAAUGGAAAGCGAGUAGAAUGCAGCGGCGGUGUCUCAACGUUGCACCGCUUGUUACACCUUCGCCCGGAGUCUGCGUUUGGUGGAGCCUCCGCUGCGGGACACCCGGUGAGGCGAUCCCCUAUGGGGCAGCGUUACGACCCGCGAUCCCCUGCUGGCUCCCCCUUCCCGACUUUGCUGUCUCUCCUCACAGGGCUUUGUUUCCAGUCCCCUGAUCAUCCUUGUUGCCCUCCUCUGAACUUAUUCUACAUGACUGAUUGGGUUGCAGCUGUAUGUUUUACAGACAGGGAACUGAGGCUGAGAAAUAAAAGUUGGUGAAGAACAUAAAGUGGAAGAGCAACGCCCCUGCUCCGCCGUGCCUGUCCUCCUUGGUUGGCUGGAAGGGAUGAGUGAGCACCCAAUGGCCCGCCACAGCAAGCUUCAGAAGCAAGUCCUCAGCCUGUACCGCAGCUUCCUGCGGGCUGGCAAGGGCAAGCCGGGUUUCCUGCCUCAGAUCCGGGCUGAGUUCCAGAAGAACGCCCAGAUUCCCCGGACAGACGUCCUGCUUAUAGAGUACCUCCUCCGGCGCGGGCAAAGGCAGCUGGAACAACUCAGAGACGUCCACACCAAACAGAUGGGAGCCUUUGUCAAAACGAAGCAGGAGGAAUGACGAACCUGGAAUCUUGCUUUUCAGAAAAAGUCUCAGGCCCGUUUUUGAUGGACUUAAUUAUUUCUCCUAGCUGCUGAUUUUUAGGACAGCUUACAUCAGGAAUGGGGAAGCUGUGGUCUUGCAGUUUGUUUUUUAUGAGCAUGGCCAGUGGUCAGAGCUGAUGGGAGUUGUGGUCCUUGUGAUGCUGCUGGGCUCCAGUUUCCCCAUCCUUUGCUUCCGUGGCAGACAGAAGUAUAGCAAACUGGAAUAAAUAGGGAUGGGUCUUGUAGAUACAGACACCAUAGAUUGAAUGCUCUAUGCAAUGCCACCAGAGAGCACAGUUCAGAAACAUUCUGCUUCCCUCACUCUGUUCCUUUUGUCAUUCUUUUUAUAAGUGAACCAGAGCAUCUCUUCCCUACAGAUGUCAAACUGUUUUAAGCAGAUCUGAUUGAUCUUAUCUUGAGGGACUCUGAGGACUACCAUUCUGUGCAGAUGUUGGGAAUUUUGUGUCGGAGAUCUCCAGCACCCACACAUGACAGUUAAACCGGUUUUGCUGCUCCGUGUAGAUGUAUUUCAACUCAGUUUUUCAGUCUUUACUUGUACCCUUGGUUGCUCCGCACUGGUGGAAUUUUGAUUCUAAUGGACAAUUACCAAAGAGCUGGUGUACAUGCGUGCUGCCUUUUUAAGAUUGUUUAGAAUGAGUAAUUUCACUCCCCCAGAUUGUUUCUACAAGAUCUGAGCUUCAAGGAUCCACAUCAGACCAUACAUGAAGGAACUGAUGCCCACCAUACCACAGCACUAAUCCUUAACUUUAGCCUCAGGUGUUUUUGUAGAGGGUGACACAGAGGACCUCACUUGUGUAACAAACAGAGGUGCAUGCUUAGGCAAAGAAUCUGCAUUUUAACACAGAGUUGUUUGGCAAGUUGAAGAAGCCCUUAACCUGCUUCUCUGCAUAAUAUUGAUCAUGGUCACUUGAAGAGACAAAGCGAGGUACCCAGAGGUAUAAUUUCCACCAGUGGAAACUGGUGGCUCCAAUGUCAGUGGGGCAGCGAAUCUGCUCCAGGUUUUAGUCCAAACUUUCAAGGAGCUGUCCAAGGUGCUUGAAAGUUCAGAAUGAAACCUGGAGCGGAUUCACUGCCCCACUAACACUGGAGCCAUUGGAAAGAGGAGGGCAUCAUUGUAUCCUUCUUUCAUGAAUGCACAUCACUCCUGGAUGUUUGAACAGGCCAAAGCUGAGGUAUGUCGAAGGCAUCCUCGAAUGCCUCAUCUAGGAACUUUUUUCUCUUUGAGUGCUACUAUUAUGUGCUUUACAUGAAGGCAAAUGGGGAUGAACUCCUUCCAAGGAAAGUAAGAGGGAUGGUGGUGUAUUAAAAGUGAAUUUCUCAACACAACUGCUGGUUACAGCAGCUGAAAUAAAACUGCCGUACUAUUG